AUGCCUUACGGCUUCCCAAGUCCCAAGUCAUCCAAACCAUCCUCUACCAUUGAUUCUCCCUUGGAGUCCCCCACCGAGUCCCCCAAAUCCCCAUCACCGGUUAGCGCCAAGUCCUUCGUCGACCCCUUUGAGGGCUUCGACAAAUCAACCAUAGCCGAUCUCGUAGCUAAAUAUGGGUCAUCGAGCGCGUCAGCUUGGCUAGAGUUUGAUCGUUACAAGAUUUGGAGACCAUCACAAGACAUACCAGAAUCCUCCUUCCUACCCGUGCAAGGAUACAUGCAGCGCGACGCGUAUAUCUUUGCGUGGGGGAAUCCCCUUGUCUCCGACCCCGCAGCCCUCAAGCCCACUGCGCAGGCAUUUGUCGCUUGGGCUAUGGAGCAGGGUCUCCGCCCGAUCUGGGCGUGCGUGGAUCAUGACCUCGAACAAGUUCUCGGCGGCCCGCCAUUCGAAUGGAGCACAGUCAACUGUAUACACGAAGACAUCGUUGACCCCGCGCAUGUUAUUGAUAUCAUCACCGAGGAGGCGCACGGUAAACACGAAGAAGGUGCCGGGCUGCCUUCGCAUAUCAAGGACCUCCGCAAGAACCUUAGGAGAGCUUCCAAAGCCCAUGUACAAAUUAGGCAGGUUCAUCACGAGGAAUGGACGGAGAAAGAGCGGUCUGAGAUAGAGUAUGGAAUAGAGGCAUGGAGGAAGAGCAAGCACGGUCUUCAGCUAGCAUCGAGCUCUGCGAAGCCAUGGCUUGACGAAGUACAUCGACGUUACUGGAUCGCCACUCAUGAGGGACACGUCGUCGGGAUCCUCAUCCUCACUCCCAUAAAAGGCAACACGUACCAAAUUAAGAACUGCGUCUCCUUCCCUUCGGCUCCGAAAGGUACUUCCGAAUCUUUGAUUGCCUCCGCUCUACGUGAUCUGUACAACGAACAACGCGCUCGAGGCGCAGAUGCCGAGCACGAAGACCGCAUCACCGUCACAUUCGGUAUCACAGCCGCAGAUCAAAUAAAACCCAUUGAGAACCUUUCUGGCUGGAAGGUCAACGCAUUGGCCAAGACAUAUGGCCAGAUAGCGAAGACUGCGGGAUUGCUGCGACGAGGUGACUUUAGGAACAAAUUUGACUCAGAACAUGACCCGAUGUACGUAUGUUAUCCGGAACACGGCUUUGGCCUGCACGGCAUAGAUGCAUUGCUCAAGUUGUUGAAGAAGUAA